AUGACACUAUGUGAAUGUAUCAAAGUACAUAGAAGUGAUCUAUUCAUCAAACACUUUGAUAGUGUAUAUCAAUCAAUGUUGUCGUCAUCUCAUGAAAAGGAAUUUAGUUUAAAUAGUCAACAAUUCCAACAGAUAUUGAAAGCUAUAUUUCAAUACGAUGGACAUAUUGAAUUAGAAUAUAUGAUGAAAAGGUUUGAAAGAAUUGAAAAGACCGUCCUUCUCAAUCAUAGAUUUCUCGGAGCUACAUUUAUGAACUAUAUAUCUAUUGGUGUGUGUAGACUUUUAAUUCAACAAAACUAUCAUUUAGAUGAAAAUGAUGAUAAUGAUCACUAUGCCUUUGUUGGUAUUCUUACAAAACAAGUAGUAAUGAAUGGUGAUUUGGAGUUGUUUGAUAGAAUUUGUCAUGAUUAUUUAGAUCAUACCAACAACAAAAACAAUAUAAAUUUUGAGCGAACAAUGGAUGAUGACUGGCACUCAUGGGGAUCAUGCAAAGAUUUAUUCAAUAAUAAUCAAUCAAAGUAUGAUAUACUAUUCUAUAUGGUCAAGAAAUUAAUAGGAUAUAGUUUAGUAGAUUUAAGAUCAGAAUUAUUUAUUAUUGCAAUGGAAUGUGAUAAGAAUAAUCAAGAGAUUAUAAAAUGGAUCAGAUAUAGUUAUGAUUCAAAAGAUGAUUUUAUUAAACUAUGUCAACAACACAAAAGAGUUAUUAGUUCAAUUGAAAUGUAUGCAACAACCCAUACACUUGAAUUAAUAGAAUUCAAACUACAAUCACCACCAGUCAUGUCAACUGUAGCAGCUAAAUUUGGAAACUUGGACUUUCUAUCGCACAUGUAUGACAUGAAAGAGUACAAGUAUCUAUUUGAUAGAGCUCAACUGGCGGCGUCAUUAUCUGACGGACAUUUAGAAUGUGCUAAUUUUUUAAUGAAAAUUAAAGCUAAAGAAGUUAAAGAAAGUGAACAUUCUUAUACCCAUAUAUUUUGGACUAUUCAUCCAUCAAUCAUGUCUUUGGAUCUUGUUAAAAGAUUGGUUGAUAGUCAAUGUCAAAUGAUGGAUUUUACUGGAUUGAUUGAAUCAGCUAUUAAAUCAAAUCAACCUGAAACUUUGGAGUUUAUCUUGUCAUUGCUAAAAGAGGUCUCUAGUCAAGAGUUGAAGGAACUUGGUACAAGAUUUGUAUUGGUGUCUCUGAAAGUAGAUAAUCAAACAAUCACUGAAAUGCUGUUGGACAAGUUCUUCUCUUCCGAGGAUCAACAACCUCAAACAUUUAAAAUUCAAUUCAAUGACAACAAAAUAUGUUAUGCACCACUUUUAUCACUUUUCAACAAAGGUCAUUCUAUUGAAAUUAAACAACCCAAACAAACAGCAUUGAUACUCUGUUUUUUAUUUUUACCAAAAGUUGUUCAAUUAUUAAUCGAUCGUCUAUCGCUUGAAAGAGUACCACCAUGGGUGAUACUUGCAUCUGUCAAUCAUCCAGAUUUUAAUGACCAAAGUGACUACAAGUUGUUGAAACAUACAAUUUCAAUCAUCCACCCACACACUCAAGAAGAUUUGAUUAUGUACCAACAAAUAAUGAACCUGACAUGCAGAAUUGGGUUGAUUAAAGUGGUCGAGUGUCUUGGAGACUGGGUUUGGCAAUUUGGUGUGUCACUCUUUAGAACUGCAUUGGAGUACAAACAUAUUCAAUUGGCAUAUUAUAUUGGGCAAUCAAUCGCUACUCAUUGCGAUGAUAUGACAUUAAUGGAUCUAUUGCCUUCUUUGCACUUUAUCCAUGGUGAACAAGACUUUGAAAUGUUUUGGAAUCUCUUAAAACCGAUAACAAGUAACGCUUCACAUGUCUCUAUCGCCACAUAUAAUUAUAAAGCGUAUAAAAACUCACAAAGACACCGAAUCACCAACACAAUCGAUAGAAUCAUCAAACACUAUACUCGAUAUUAUAAUGGUCCAGAGAAAGAUGAAUUUGAAAUGAUACCAAUUAAAAUUUACAGCAAUUUGAGGUUACCAUUAGAUCCAUUUAAUAUCAAUCAUCUAUACACCAAUUACAGAGAUUGUCCAGUCAUUGACUUCUCUGAUUUCAAUAUAGAUCAAUAUUACAUUCAAAAUAUUGAACUAGGUAUCAUCCCAUUCAACAAUUAA